AGAAGAAGAAGGAGAAGGUCCGGCCAUAGGGAUCGAUCUGGGAACAACAUACUCUUGUGUCGGAGUUUGGCAGCCACAGCAUGACCGUGUUGAGAUCAUCACCAAUGAUUUGGGCAACCGUACGACGCCGUCAUGGGUUGCCUUCACCGACGUUGAACGCCAUAUAGGUGAAUCUGCUCAGAAUCAGGCAGCCAUGAAUCCUUCCAAUACCAUCUUUGAUGUAAAGAGGCUGAUAGGUAGAAAGUUUUCUGAUGCAACGGUGCAAAAUGAUAUGAAGCUCUGGCCCUUUAAAGUUAUAGCUGGUCCUGAGGCUAACGGUGAGAAUGAAGAUAAACCUAUCAUAUCAGUAACUUACAAUGGAGAGGAGAAACACUUUGCUGCCGAGGAGAUAUCCUCAAUGAUCCUUCAAAAGAUGAAAAAUAUUGCAGAGGAAUACCUAGGCACAUCAGUAAAGAAUGCUGUUAUCACUGUCCCUGCAUACUUCAGUGAUGCCCAGCGCCAAGCAACAAAAGAUGCUGGUCUCAUUGCUGGGCUUAAUGUCUUGCGCAUCAUCAAUGAGCCCACAGCUGCUGCAAUUGCUUAUGGUCUUAACAAGAAAGGAACUGGAAAUGGUGAUUCAUCUUUAAAGAACAUAUUGGUUUUUGAUCUUGGAGGUGGCACUUUUGAUGUCUCUAUUGUAACGAUGGAGAAGGAUGUGUUUGAAGUCAAAGCAGUUAAUGGGGACACUCACCUUGGCGGAGGAGAUUUCACUAACAGAUUGGUGAGCCACUUUGUUGCCGAGUUUGAGAGGAAACACAAAAAAAAUAUAAGUGGAAAUCCUAAGGCUCUUGCACGGUUGAGAGCAGCUUGUGAAAGGGCCAAGAGAAACCUCUCUUCUGUCACUGAAACGUCCAUCUCCAUUGAGUGUCUCUUUGAGGGCAUUGAUUUCUCUUCAAGCAUCACCCGUGCACGAUUUGAUAAAUUGAAUUUAGAUCUGUUCAAUAGUUGUAUUGCGCCAGUUGAAAAGUGUUUAAAAGAUGCAAAAAUGGAGAAGAAUGGCAUUGAUGAUAUUGUUCUUGUGGGUGGGUCUACCCGAAUUCCGAAGGUCGAGGAAUUGUUAAAAGACCUUUUUCAUGGAAAGAAGCCCUGCAAAAGCAUAAACCCGGAUGAGGCUGUUGCCCAUGGAGCUGCUUUUCACGCUGCAUCUCUGACCGGUGCUUGUCUGGGUGUGAAUAAGGAUGUUGUACUUGUGGAUGUUGCUCCUCUAUCUCUUGGGGUUGAGUUGUACAGUGGUAAAUUGGGUGUUGUGAUUCCAAGGAACACUACCAUCCCUACAAAGAUGUCAAGUAAAAACUUCAAUGCAUAUGACAACCAAACCAGUAUUUCAUUCCCAGUAUAUGAAGGAGAGAUGCCCAUUGCAAAAGACAAUAACUUUCUUGGCAUAUUUUAUCUCAAUAACGUUCCUCCUUUACCAGAAGGUGAAGCUAAAAUUGAUGUUGUUUUUGAUGUUGAUGCCAAUGGUAUCUUGACUGUGUCUGCUGAACUGGAGGGCAGUAACAACAGGAACCAAAUCACCAUAACCAAUCACAGUGGGAGGUUGUCAAAACAGGAGAUUGAGCGAAUGGUUAAAGAAGCAGAGGUUUACAAGGCUCGAGAUGAAGAGCGCAAGAAGGCAUCCAAUGCUAAAAAUGCUUUGGAGAAUUACAUUCACUACAUGUGGGGCAUUUUAAGUAUCUGCGGGAAGAUGGUUGAUGUGACGGACAGAAUAACUUUGAUGGACGCGGUUGAGACGACUGAAAAAUGGUUAGACUGGAACAACCUACUGGGUAAUGCUUGCAAAUUUGAAGAAAAGAGAAAAGAGCUUGAGAGUUUAUGUGUGCCCAUCAUCACAAAGAUGAAAGAUGCAAGUCUAAAGCCUUUAGAUCAUUGAAAUAAUGGAAUGGCAAAGGUUUAAUAACCUUCAAGCUGGGCUUUAGUAGUCAGAUUUAACAACUUUUUUUGAUGUGGCACUAUGCCAAUGCUUUGGUAGACAAAUCUCAAACUCAGUCUACGUUUUGGUUUUCUUCCAUGUUUGCUCUGAUGUAUUUCGUAGGAAUUGACGGUUUUCUGCAUUCCAGGAACAUCUUUCAAUGAGUGAGCUGUGAAUCCUGCUUAUGCCUCUAAGUUUUAGCCUUUUUCUAUGUGCAAUAAUGUGCUUGUCCAGUGUGUUUUUCCCACUG